GGGCUGUACUUCUGUGUCACCCAACCUUUGGGUUCCUUCUUGGAAAGGACUGUUGAAUGGGGACAGCUUGGCAACAUCCCGUUUUGGUCAGCUGUGUGGCAACUGGCCGAACAAUAAAGGACAGGUUUAAAACAUCACAUCAGACUAGCCUUCCAGAAGCAAAAGUGACAGAGCGGCCUCUCCCACAUUGUGUAUCCUUAUUCUUGCCUGAAUUUCCUUUAUGGUCACCAGCUGUGCAGCCAGAGUUAAAGGUUCUAGGAUGUGUUGCUAAAGGAUCCAUUGGUCCAGUACUGAAGGUCUUAAACUGUGCAGAACAGAAGAUCUUUGCUUUAAAGGUAUUACCCAAAGGAGAAGUUCUGCGGCGUAACACACUGAAGCAAUGUAAGGAAGAGGUCAGCAUUCAGCGACAAUUGAAACACCCAUUUAUUCAAUGCCUGGGAGAGAGUUGGCAAGGACAACGGCACCUGUUUAUCAUGUGUAAUUACUGCAGAUACGGAGAUCUUCAUUCCUUAUGGAUGUCUGUCAAGCAAAUUGAAGAAGGCACGGUCCGAUUAUUUGCAGCAGAACUGGUGUCAGUGCUGGUGUAUCUUCAUAAUCUGGGAAUCAUACAUCGAGAUGUUAAGAUGGAAAAUAUACUGCUUGAUGAAAGAGGGCAUUUGAAAUUGUCAGAUUUUGGACUUUCUCAACAUCUUCCUUUUGGAGAACGUGCAUACACCAUAUGUGGCACCCUUCAAUACAUGGCUCCUGAGGUUCUUUCUGGAGGUCCCUACAGCCAUUCAGCUGACUGGUGGUCUUUGGGUGUCUUGUUGUAUGCACUAGCGGUUGGUGAGUUUCCAGUUUCAUGUGCUAGAGACCACAUAAGUAUGCUGGAGUUUGUCAAUCAAGCAGAUUUCAUUAUUCCGGAGUCUUUAAGCCAAGGACUGUCCUUUCUUUUAAAAGAGCUCCUGUGUAAAGUUCCAAGGCAGAGGCUACACCACUUCCAUCAGUUCCAGAGCCAUAUUUUCUUCAGAGGAAUGACUUUUGAUCCAUUGCUUCUUCAGAAGUACCCAGUAGAUCUUGUGUUAUCUAUGCGGAAAUCGGAAGAUAUAGAUCUGUCAGAAACUCAUGUGUUUGAAGACUUUGACUGUGAUUUCACAGAAACCUUGCAGUUUCCACGGCCAGCCUAA